AUGGAGGAGCUCCUGGCAAAACACCGGAAAGAAAAGCGGGAUCUGCAAGCCAGAAUCACCCAGAAGAAGAAAAAUGCGACCAAAAAGACGAGAAAAGGAGUCAAUGACGAAUGUGAACGACUGGAGAGGGAACUAGCCGAAAGCCAACAAGCAGAGCUCGAUGCUUUGGAACCGAAAGAUGACCAGUUAGACUUGACCGUUGAUGACCUGACGCUCGAUGAGCCUGUCACAGAGGACGCUCCUGCAGACGAAUCCGAGGAGGCCCAGACAGCCUUAGAAGUAUCCAACGGCCCUCCUACAGGUGGACAGCCACGUCAAAGAAAGCCAAACCGACAAAAAGCAAGGCUUGCUCGAAGAGCGGCCGAGCAGGAGGCCCAAGCAGUGGCGGCAGCCGCAGAAGCACAAAAUAUGCCUGAUCGAAGAGAACAGGAGAUCGCUGCUAUGAAGACGCAAAUGGAUGCCCGGAGUCUGGUAGAAACCAUGAUCCGUCCCGACGGGCAUUGUCUCUUCUCCGCGUGUGCACACAGCAUGCCUUCAGAACAGGUAGCAAAAUCCGGACCCAGACAAGAGCCGUACCAGAACGUCAGAUACGCGGCGGCCGAAUUCAUGGCCGCACAUCCCGACGACUUUGCAGCAUUCAUGGAAGAACCACUCGACUCAUACGUGGCGCGGAUCAGAGACACCGCCGAAUGGGGAGGCGAACUCGAGUUACAGGCGAUUGCUCGAGCGUACAACAUCAACAUCAACGUGCUUCGAGCCGAUGGCCGCGUUGAGAAGAUCAGCUCAGGGUCGACCAAGUCGGAUGAUUCGGACGUGUGGCUUGCAUAUUAUCAACACAGUUUUGGCUUGGGUGAACACUACAACGCUCUCAGAAAGAGCGUGGCAACUUGA